AUGUUGCAAUCUUUAAUAAACGCAAAAACAAUAGUGAAGAUUGUGUGGAAAAACAAGGCAAAAAAAGUGCUAGAAGAACCAAAGUCACCCAAAUGUUUGUCUUCUUUGGCAAGAGGUAAAAAUUCCUACAAAGGAUGCCACUGGAACCAAAGACACAAGGAUGAAAAGAACACCAAAUUUCAAACAUUAAUAGUCCCAAAAAAUCAUAUCAAAGCCCAGGAGUUACUUAAGCAUAACAAUGUUCGUCCAGCUGAGGAUGAGGCAGUGUAUAUAUGUAUAUAUGCCAACAACAGCAGUGAUGACGAUAAUGCUGAUAAUCUUGAAGAUUGUGACGCCAGAAGCCAGAUUUCACAAAAUUCACCAACUCCAUCGGUCGACACUCAACCAACAGCUUCAGGUGCACAAAAAAAAAUCCAAACGACAGUCAACAGUUUUUUUCAAAGCCUGCGAAAGUGGGAAAACCGGACAAUCGUCACUAGACACAAUAGAAGACACAGUAAAUGAAAUUCUUGUGAAACUGGAUGAGUUAACCUUGGUGUCUACUCCAAACAAAACCACCGACCAUACAAGUGUAACUGUAAACAUAGAGGACAUAAAAGCAGCACACAACAUGCUGGAAUUGGAGAAGAUUACGAUUGAGACUUUGAAUGAUGGUUGUAGAAUAACUUGUGUGACUUGCAAGGAGUUUAUCAAGGCUAUGCCUCACAUGAACAU